AUGCAGACUGCUUCUACAAACAUUUGUGAAAGACUGUGCAAUAAGUCCAUCCGUGACAUUUCCUGGCUACUAAAUAUUCCACGCUCAACUGUUAGUGGGAUUAUAACAAAGUGGAAGCAACUGGGAACAAAAGCAACUCAGCCAGCAAGUGGUAGGGCACGUAAAAUGACAGAGUGGGGUCAGUGCAUGCUGAAGCGCACAGUGUGCAGAAGUUAAAAUCUGUAUGCAGAGUCAAUAGCUAAAGACCUCCAAACUUCAUGUGGACUUCAGAUUAGCACAACAACAGUGUGUAGAGAGCUCCAUGGAAUGGGUUUCCAUGGCCGAGUAGCUGCAUCCAAACCUUACAUCACCAAGUACAAUGCAAAGAAUUGGGAUGCCGUGGUGUAAAGCAUGCCGCCACUGGACUCUAG